GUCAGUAGAUAAACAAACAAAUCAACUUGUUUUCAAAGACACUGCAAUAAAAAAAAGCUUAAAGAAAAGAUAUGACGACAACUGGUUUUGUCAGACUCAGAUAUUUGAUCCAACAAAGCAGCUUACAAAAAUUUCCACUUCAGUUCUAUUCAAAGUCUUGCUAUUCCAAAAUGUCAACUGCUCGUCCUACUGCUUAUGUUACCCGUUCCGACUAUGCUUCAGUUGGUAUAAAUCUCCUUAAAUCUGAAUGUGAUAUCGCAAUGUGGAAUGAAGCUUCCCCAGUGCCACGACAAGAACUUCUUAAAAAUAUUGUUGGCAAGAAUGCCCUCUUUUGUGCACUGACUGAUAAAGUUGACAAGGAAAUUCUUGAUGCCGCCGGACCCCAACUAAAAGUUGUCGCAACUAUUUCGGUCGGCUUCGAGCACAUUGAUGUGGCGGAAUGCAAGAAGCGUGGCAUUCGUGUAGGAUACACACCCGACGUUCUAACAGAUGCAACUGCCGAACUGACUGUUGCAUUGCUAUUGGCUACAAGCCGGCGUCUAUUUGAGGCCAACAAACAAGUCUAUAAUGGAGGUUGGAAGUCUUGGGCACCCAGCUGGAUGUGUGGCCCAGGUUUGAAAGAUAAGACAUUGGGAUUGUUUGGUUUUGGUAGAAUUGGAAAUGAGAUAGCUAAACGAUUGAUACCAUUCAAACCUAAUCGCUUGAUCUACACAAAUCGGUCACAUAGAGCCGAAGCUAAAGCUCUUGGUUUUAGUAAGGUGGAAUUUGAUGUUUUAUUAAAGGAAGCUGAUUUUAUUGUUGUGUGUUGUGCUCUGAGUCCUGAGACAGCUGGCAUUUUUGACAAGGAGGCUUUUUGCAAGAUGAAAUCGAAUGCAAUUUUUAUUAAUACAUCUCGAGGUGCUGUUGUUGACCAAGCGGCGUUGGUUGAGGCUUUGAAGGAGAAAAGGAUACUAGCUGCCGGUUUGGAUGUGACUACCCCCGAACCACUGCCGUUGGAUGAUCCAUUGUUGAAGCUUGAUAAUGUUGUUAUAUUGCCUCACAUUGGAAGUGCAGAUAUAAAUACUAGAAUCGAAAUGUCAAGAAUAACUGCCUGCAAUAUUAUAAGCGCCCUUAAAGGUGAUAAGAUGCUAGCAGAAGUCUAAUUAAAUAUUAUACAACCAUUUUAUAAUCAAAUUAAAAAAAAUAUAUAUAUUUCACAUAAAAAAAUAUAAUUUUUCGUAAAUUUGAAUUAGUAAUAAAAUAUUUUGUUGGAGACUAUAUGAGUCUUUAAAUAAAUAAAUAGAUAAAGAAUAUUUUCUUAUACUCAUAUAAA